AUGGAGGGCAGCGGCUCCCCGGAGGAGGAGGAGAGCGGGGCCGCGAACGGCGCUCCCCCGCCGCCGCCGCCGCCCACGCCGGCCGCCCCCUGCGGCUUCAGCUCCUCCCUCUGCUUCAGCGCCGCCGCUGCCGAGCCGCAGCCGCCCGCGGCCGGUGGCCGGGUGGUGCAGAGCCAGUGGGAGAUCAACAACGCCGCCUGCCCGCCGGAGGAGGAGGAUGAGGAGGUGGUGGGGCCGCGGGACCGGCCGCCGGAGGAGCCCGACCUGGUGAUCGAGGUGUCGGGCCGCCGCAUUCGGGUGCACAAGUCGGUGCUGGCGGCCAAGAGUGACUAUUUUCGUGCCCGCGCCUCACGGGACGUCCUGCGGGUGAAGGGGGUGAGCUACGGGGCGCUGCGGCUGCUCAUCGACUACGUGUACACGGCCCGCAUGGGCGAGGUUCGGCACGACAACCUGGCUGAGGUGGUGAGCGGCGCCCGCGUCCUCCAGAUGCCCUGUGCCCUGCACUGUGCCGCCGAGGCCAUGCGCGCCCAGCUCUGCCUCGGCAACUGCUACCAGCUCCUCUGCCUGGCCAAGAAGCAGCGGCUGGCGGAGCUGCGGGAGGCUGCCUAUCGCUUCAUGAGCGACCAUUACCUGGAGGUGCUGCGGGAGCCCAGCGUUUACGGGCGCCUCAGCGGCGCUGAGCGGGACCUCAUCCUGCAGCAGCGCAUGGAUGCUGGCCGGCCCUGCUUGCUGGUGGCCGAGGUCAGCGACGCCUUCGAGCGGCCGGGUGGUGGCAGCCGGCCACAGAGCCGCGAGAGCAGUCGGCCACAGAGUCCCUCCUCCGUGGUGUCGCUGGAGGAGAGUGGCUCCCUCAUUCACUGCUACCAGGAGGCCAGCGGCGAGUGGAGGGUGCUGACGCGCCUGCCCGAGGAGGCCAAUGCCAAGGGCUGUGCCAUGUGUGUCCUCCACAACUACCUCUUCCUAGCAGGGGGCAUUGUGACAGGGCCGGCGGGCAGCGAACCCAGGGCUCGCCUUUCCGACAAGGUCUUCUGCUACAACCCCCUGACUGACACCUGGAGCCAGGUGCGGCCGCUGGCUCAGCCCCGCUCGCAGCUCAAGCUGCUGGCCCUGGAUGGUUACCUCUAUGCUGUGGGGGGCGAGUGUCUCUUCACUGUGGAAAGGUAUGACCCGCGGGCCGACCGCUGGAGCCCCGUGGCACCUCUGCCCAAGGGAGCCUUCGCUGUCGCUCACGAGGCCACUACUUGCAACGGGGAGAUCUAUGUGUCAGGAGGCUCCCUCUUCUACCGCCUGCUCAAAUAUGACCCCAAGCGUGACGAGUGGCAGGAGUGCCCUUACAACAGCAGCCGCCGGCGCUCUGCUGACAUGGUGGCCUUCAAGAGCUUCAUCUACCGCUUUGAUGUGAGCAGUGGCCGUGGUGGGGAGCAGGGCCCAGGCGGCGGGACGAGCGGUGGUGUUGAAGUUUUCCGGUACAACACAGUGGCCAAGUGCUGGAGCCAGUGUGCCAGCCUGCGGCCCAGCGGUGGCCCCAUCCAGCCCUUCCGCUGUGCCCCCUUGGGCAACACCAUCUACUGCGUCAACCGGACCGGCACCCUUCGCUUCAGCCUAGCCCAGGACGGCGAGGUGGAAGCAGAUGGUGGGCUCAAGGGCACCUUUGACAGCGAGCUUCUUAAAGCUCCCUUGGAUGUCAAGGGUGUCCUCCUACCUUUCGUGCUUACCCUGCCUGAGAGGCUGGAUAAAGCAGGGGACCAGGAGGGCUCCCUCCCACUGUAAGGUGGCCAGCCUGGCUCUGGCUUCCUGAGAUGGGAGUUGGGUUGCAGAUCCACAAACUCCCAUCUACAGAGGGGGCCCUCUCUGUUGUGUUUGCAGAGAAAAGGGACUUCCCCUUUCCUCCUCUCUGCUCUCAAGAUGUUGAGCUGGUUUUAACUCAGUUAUACCUUCUCAUGUUUGCUGUGCUUUGUGUGAAAAGCCAAGCACACUAAAGUAAAAGCUGCUAUAAAGGAUAAUCUCUGGAUUACAUUUGUGCCAAUCCCCAAUCUGAGAAAAACGUUUUUACACCUGGAUUUCUAAAAUAUUCUCGACAACAGUGUCAUAAUGGGACGUUAGUGUUGGUUGUGUGUUUACACGUAGUUGCAAUCUGGGCUGGGGCCUUUUCUGUCAUUUUGUGUUUUUUUCCCCUCUGGGAUGAUACUGAGGGAUAAACAUUGCUGGCAACAUAGUUUAGCUGCAUUUGUUUUCAUGUUAAACCAACUAUUUCCUGUGUUUAAGAGGUAUAGGAAGAACAUCUCCAUCACAGCCUUUCAUUUCUGGUGCAAUAGAUGGUUUAAGGAAACUGUGGCACUGUGUUAGUCCCAGGAAUUUCAACCACAGAUGAUUUAACAGAUACCAAACUUAAUGUUUUAAGUAACACAAAUGUGUGCCACAUGUUUCACUUGGAAUGCAAAGAAAAAGAAAAAAAAAGUCAAAUUACCUUUUUAAAAUAUGGCAUUUUAUGCUAGAUAUGAACUGUUGAUAUGUUCUUUAUUUGAAAAAGGCAAUGGUUUCUGUAUGAAAAGAUACUGUUUUAUUACUUUUUUUGAUCAGAGAUGUUAAAUUAAAAUUGAACUGAAGCUGUUCAGACUGCAACCAAUUGUCAUGACCAUGUAUGCCACUAGAGCUGGGGAAAAGCUUUGUACUUCAUAUGCUCUUUAGUUAACUGCAGGUCAAGGAAGGUUAACCUAAACCAACCUGUGGCAAAAGGCUUUCCCCACUUAAUUUCAAGACCAUCAAAAGGGGACAUGGAAAAUAGGAAUGUGCUACACAUGUUGAUUUUAUAAUGCACUAGCAUGAUGUUACUUCCCUGUCUUUUGAUUGAGAAACUGCUUUAUUUAUUUUCAGCUAAUGAUUGCUGUAAUCAAUAAGUCCUUGUUAAUUGCAGUACGUGCUGAUGGCGUACACUGUCAUUGUGAUUCUAAACUGCCCAGGAGUGCUGUGUGUGGGGCAGCAUCCAAAAACCAUACAAAAUUUCUUUCUGCCUGUGGAAAGUUGGAGCACGCUUUUUGUCAUGUUACUCAGAACUGGAAAACGUAAAAUGUCUACACAGACAGACUAUAUUGAAAAGGGCACAUGCAUUUAUUUUAUACAUUUUAUAGUAAAAAAAAUCAAUAGGCAAGACAAAUGUUUCAGCUUUAUGGUAAAUCACUGAAAAACGUUUU